CCCUCGCUUCACUUUGUCUCUUUGGUUCAAAUGUUGGCUCGCGCACAGCUCAUCUCUCUCUCUCUUUUUUUCUCUCUCUCUUUAUUUAAUUAUAGCUUGAGGUCCGUCACGGCGAUUACCUAUAAGACUCGUGUGAUUUCAAUGUAAAACAGAUUACAUGAGUAUAGAAGAGCAUCUUGAAGACGAUGAAGAACCACCUUUACUCUUCAACUCCAGUGUGUCUCAUUCUGCUGGAGUUAUGGGGGGCAUUGGCAGCGCCGUGUCGGUGGGAAGACGGCUGCGUGUGUGCUAUCUGUCCAGCUGGACAAGAGCCCACGGCCUGUGGGGAAGUUGAAGGUCCCGGUGUGACCGGAUUGUGCCGGACUUGCCCAGCAGGCACCUUCUCCGACAGUCAUGACGCUGAGCCGUGCCGCCCCCCAACAUCCUGCAGUGAUCUCAACCGCUGGGUCCUGACCGAACCGACCUCACUGUCUGACGCUGUGUGUGGAGGAUGUCUUCCUGGGUUUAACCCUGCUGCUACUCGGAAGUCUUUGGUCCUCCAUGCCUGCGUCAGGAAGCCACACAGCCGGCGGAGACGUAACGUUGGUAAGAGCAAGUCUGGAGUUGGAGGUUUGAACUCCACCAUCCCUCACAGCCCUGAGGAGAAGACCACCGAGUAUGCUGUGUUUGCCCUGGUGCCCAUCUUCUGUGUGAUGGGGCUGCUGGGAAUUUUCAUCUGCAACCUGCUGAAGAAGAAGGGCUUCAGGUGUAACGCCGACAAAGACGGCAUGGAUGAAGAAUCUGCCACACCACAGAAAGAGGGAAACUUGUGUCCAUAUAUUGUUGACAACCCCAAUGAAGAUACCAUCAGCAUUCUGGUACGGCUCAUCACAGAGAAGAAAGAAAACGCUGCUGCGCUGGAAGAACUUCUGCUGGAAUAUGAUAAUAAACAAAAGGCUCUCAACAAGACUUCAUCUAUCAAAAUUCCAGCUCUCCCUAAUUUCUCUCAGUUCCGCUCGUUGCCCCGGCUGUGUUCCCAUCAGCAUCAUUUGCACACUAUAAACGGUUUGGCCCCUCGCUCCGGUCUCUACUGUUCCCGCUGCAGUCAGAAGAAAUGGCCCGAGCUGCUGCUGCCCGCCAUGCCGUUGCCCACUGAUAAACACAAAUACCCAGCUGACCUAGUCAAGACCACCCUGCCCGAGGACGUCACCAUUCUGUCUGUAGGAAGGUUCCAAGUUGCUCAGAUUCCAGAAAUGAAGUCCGGCUGUAAGGAUGUGACCCAGACAGAAUCGAGUGACACGGAUUCGGUGGACAGUGUCCAUACUGAGCCUGCGGAAGAGAGGUCUCUGCUUGGCGUGUCCUCAAACUCCGCCUCUUCAAAGUGCAGACAGGAUAUAAACAUAUGAAGGGUUGAAGAAGGCAUUCAUUAAAUGGACGCUACCUUCUUGCAGAUGACAUCAUCAGUAGGCGACACAUCAGGGCAGAAAUAUGCUGGUGAUGUCAGUAUUUAUCCCUUUAGGAGCCUUGAAUUUCAUACUUUAUAGGAAACGUUGUAUUUAUUGAACUUUUUUAUUUUAUAAUGAAAGCAAUAAGCUCCUUCUCUGGAGUCAUUUAAAAAUGUGUGCUUCCAUUAGACCGAGGUCUUCAGUUCGGCUCAAAGCCGCUGCUGCUGACUGAUAUGUUGCACAACGGCACGCAGAACAAUGAGACACUAGUGAGACAUCUUUACAUUCAUAAAAAAGUAUUAUUAAGAAACUCACUUAGACUAAUCUACAUCUCUCUUUUAUAGUUCUCUUAGUCUUUUAUGUUUUUUAUAGUAUUUUAAAUGAAUUGCAUUUGUAUUGUUAUGGUCAAAAGUUUGCAAACGUCUUGUUUUGUUACACUAAAUAAAAAAUAUGCAGAAAACAUCA